AAAGUGGUCAUUCAAACAACAUGCCAGUUUAGUGACAUCAUAUCCCUGUAAUGUGCGCCACUGCAUUUCCGGUGGAUGGGACGACGGAAGAGAGUAGCAGUUUGGGAACAGGGGACGCGCUUCUUUGGAGGAUUACUGCCUGUUGGAACUGAAACUAACACACAUGGCAGCCAACAAGAGCAAGGGCCAGAGCUCUCUGGUUCUGCACAAGGUCAUCAUGGUGGGAAGUGGAGGAGUGGGCAAAUCAGCACUCACACUGCAGUUCAUGUAUGAUGAGUUUGUUGAAGACUAUGAGCCCACUAAAGCAGACAGUUACAGGAAGAAGGUUGUGCUGGAUGGAGAGGAGGUUCAGAUUGACAUCUUGGACACAGCAGGACAGGAGGACUAUGCAGCCAUUAGGGAUAAUUACUUCCGCAGCGGAGAGGGCUUCCUGCUAGUGUUCUCCAUCACCGAGCAGGAGUCGUUCAGUGCCACCUCUGAGUUCAGGGAGCAGAUCCUGCGUGUGAAGGCAGAGGAGGAUAAGAUUCCUCUGUUGUUAGUGGGAAAUAAAUCUGAUCUGGAGGACAAGAGGCAGGUUUCUGUGACCGGGGCCAGGGAAAAAGCAGAUGAAUGGGGAGUGCAGUAUGUGGAAACCUCAGCAAAAACACGUGCCAACGUUGAUAAGGUGUUUUUUGACCUCAUGAGAGAGGUGCGGGCUAAGAAGAUGGCUGAGAACAAAGACAAAAAUGGCAAGAAAAGUGGCAAGAAGAAAAAAAGCCUGAAAGAGCGCUGCACAUUGCUUUGAGUCAGAAGAACAGUGAAGAGCAAGCCUUUCCCUGCACAACGCCUUUCUGGUGGACACGGAAAACCUGAAAGCUGGUUUUCCACUAUUGUGGUUAACAUUGCCAAAUCCAGACAGAGUAAAGAACUGUGAACGGAUGCCAUUGUUCUUCCUUGCUGUAUCCAGUGAGGUUUAUGCAACAGUCAUCCAUUAUGAUUUUCAUAUCCGAAUUUAUUUCUUCUGCCAUCAGACAAAUAAGAUCCAACUAGAUGGACAUUCAUGCAGUUAUUUUGCCAUAUUAUAACAACUUGCUCUCUCAGGCAUUUGAAAUUUGGCAAAGUGUCAUUGGUUGUUACAUACAUAAAAUUUAUGCAGUAAUGUUUGUAGAGUACUCACUUGUUUAUAAGCAUUAAUAUUUACCACUACUGCAUUUCAUCUUCUAUUAGCUCAAUACUUUUCACACCAUCAGCACUAUUUAAAGAGAUGAACUGUAUCGUUUUAAAAUGAACCACACCUAGUUUAGCAACAACCAUAUUACGUUAGAUUAAUUUGAUCAAUAUGUGUUUAGAUUAGACGAGUCUUUGCUGAUUGAUGCAGCGCCUUGAAGGAAAACAAUCUGAACCUGCCUUCCUAUGAGCUUCGUCGUACAGAGUUCAUUGUAAAAAUGGGGAAACGAGCGUGUAAUACUUUGAACACUCUGUAGUGAUGGGCUGUUGUUGAAUGCAGUGCUAUGGGGUAUUAAAUGAAGCAAGAUGACCCGGUUAUCUUUAUAAUGGGAGUCAAAUGUAUAGAACAACGCUAAUAGCAUAUUGUACAGCUAUCUGAGGAACGCUGCUUGUUGUAAUACUGCUGUGUUGUGUAUUAGUGUUUUCAAAGACUUCACUAUGCAAAGCCUACCGCAUAUAUUGCUUUUAGUAUAAACCACAAGUUUUUGUGGUAACCAUAUUUUUGUAAUUGAGUCACUUUUUGUAUGAAUUGCUUUUCACUGAUUCACUGUAUGUUGAUAACAGACCAAAUAAACCCUAUUUGUUUAGUA